AUGCUGGAAGAGCAGUUCUUUUUAUGUGCAUCAUGCGCUCUGAACAUCUUAUACGUUAUCAUCGGCAAUCGAAUUGAACCGCUGCACUCAACAAUAUUCACUUCUGCAGGGGUUGCCGCCACAACUGCCACAUUUGGAGCUUUACUGUUGUCAAUGCUGGGUGCAAAACGCUCAAUCCUGCCUUCCUCGCUUCUUGAAAUAUAUUACGCCAUCCUAUCAAUCACCUAUCUACCGCGACUACGCUCCCUCUGGCUCACUCCUCAUGUUGAUAUUCCUCGGAAUAUAUGGACUGCGAACUACACUUUGACUGUCUUCAUUGCAAUUCUCGAAUCAUGCGGGGAAGGUAUCUAUCAGCUUUUCUCUUCAAAGCUAAAAUAUGCUCGAGAGGAAACUUUUGGAUUUUGGGGGCGGGGUCUCUUUUUCUGGGUCUUGCUCACCCUGAGACGGGGAUACUCCAGCACCCUCCAUACAGAAGAUAUUCCUCCUGUAGAUAUUCCACUUCAGGGCCAUGAAUCUCGAUACCAGCUCCAAGAAGCUUGGAAUUGGUGCAGGCCUCGCCAUCGGCUUUUGAAAGCGGUCUUUUCGGCCUACGCUUGGGACAUUGCCAAAUGCGUCCCGGCAGGUCUGAUAACCAGCGGCUUGACGAUGUGUCAGCCAUUUCUCAUAGAGGCCGCGGUAGGCCUCUCCGAGAAAAGAUCCUCAGAGGUUGUCCAGGAAUACAGAAAGGCCCUUAUUGGAGGAUUUGUACUUGUGUAUGUCGGGAUGGCUCUUUCAACUGCAGUUUACGGUCGUCUGGUAAACCGCGUCAUGGCCUUGACGCGAGCUAGUCUUAUUUCUAUCAUUUAUCAUCGUACCGCCGAAUCUAAUAAAUACAAUCUCAGUGACUCGCGCGCAAUAACCCUCAUCGGAACUGACGUGGAGUGCAUAUGUACCAGCUUCAAAUCGUUUCAUACUUGCUGGAUCUCUGUCCUCGAAAUUGCCGCUUCUAUCUGCCUCUUGGAGCGACAGGUCGGUGUGACAUGUGUGGUGCCGACGGUCAUUUCAAUAGUUCUAUCGAGCAAAGUGUCCAUGCUAAGCAUCAUUCCCAUCGCCAAUAACAUUGUUCCAGCACAGAAAGCAUGGGUUGUUGGGGUUCAGCGACGUAUGAGGACAACUCUUACAAUGCUCGGAAACAUGAAGGUGAUCAAAAUGCUUGGCCUGAGUGAGUCGCUUCAUACGAGGAUUUCAGGUCUGCGAGAAGCGGAGUUAAAAACAUCAGAGGUCUUUCGGAAGCUACUGGUAUGGACUAUUACGCUGUCGAAUCUGCCCGCAGAGUUAGCCCCUUUCGCGACAUUCGCUGUUUACACUAUUGUCUCCUUGAUAACACAUGAUAGCUCACUUCUUGCCAGUCGGGCUUUUACAUCUUUAUCUCUGAUUUCUAUUCUAACCAGCCGUCUCGUUUCUUUCAUCCAGUCGCUACCCCAAUUUGCGCGCUGCUUGGGAUGCUUGGAUAGGAUUGACGUCUAUCUUCUUGAAUCUUAUCAGGACGUAGAAGCAAAUGCUCAAUCAAAUAAAAGAACUCUAUCUCCGUCUGCUAAAGCGAUUAUGGACCAAGCAUCUGAUCAGUCCAUGCUAAUGAAGAGACCUCGUUCCAGCGACGACGUUUCCCCAUCAACAGGAAAUUUCGAUAACCUUUGGACGGCAAAGUCUGACUACAUCUUCCAAAUUCUGAACGUCACCAUCAAGAAGGGGUUUACUGUUAUAUUCGGCCCCUCUGGUUCUGGCAAGACCACGCUAUUAGAGAGAAUGUUGAAUAACAAUCCUACGGAAGGCAUUCUUGGCAUGUCUACUUCCGCCGUCGCAUACUGUGCUGAAGUCCCAUGGAUUAUCAACGACACCAUCAGACACAACAUUAUCGGUCCAAAUGGUCACUAUGAGGAAACUUGGUAUAAAUCAUGUCUUUCGAUGACUGCUCUCAUUACUGAUCUUGAGGGACUACCUACUGGCGAUCUCUACCUUGCUGGAAACAAUGGGAUUGCGCUGAGUGAAGGACAGAAAAAGCGAGUCGCCCUAGCUCGCGCUCUUUAUUCCCGGCUGCCGCUACUCAUGUUGGACGAUGUCUGGAGCGGCUUGGAUGCAAAGAAUAUAAACCUGAUCCAACGCAACCUGUUCGGAGCAGAUGGCUAUUUUCGACAAGCGGGAAUUUCAGUCAUCAUGACCUCUCAUACAAUUCCAUCAUUUGCGGACCAGGUGCUUAUCCUUCAAGGGGGUUCGAUCGUUGACACUGGUUCCUAUCAAGAUGUGAUCUCGCGUGCCCCAGAACUUAUCAAUGGAACCUCUUUGGACAAGCUUCAGUCUAUGGAUGUCUUAAGUGACGAGCAUAAGAUAGACAUUGAACUUUUACAAUCAGUAGCCGAGGCCAAACCGAAACAAACACCUACAGCAUACCAAGAAAAUUGCAGAACAGAAGCUGUAUCCAAUAAAGAUAGUGCAUGGAGCACAUACCGUUACUAUAUCAAGCAAGCAGGUCGAUGGAAACCUCCACUGUUUCUAAUCUCCUGUUUAGCUAGUGCCUUUUUGGCUAAUUAUGUCACGAUCUGGAUCCAACGGUGGGCUGAAGCAAACUCAAAAAGACCAAAUGCAAAUCCAGGCUUUUAUUUGGGGGUUUACGCGGCUCUUAUCGUCUUGCACGUACUCUUUUUCGUCGCUUGCUGCUACUUUUUCCAAAAGACGGAUAGUGGUGCCACGGCCAACCGAUUUAACCAAGACAUGGAUCUUAUUGAUAUGAAACUUCCAAUGUCUGCGAUUGGGUUUACUGGAGUUGGCAAAUACUUCGCGAUCAUAGUGCCUCUCCUAUUGCUCCUUAUCUGGCUCAUCCAACGCUACUACCUUCGAACAUCUAGACAAAUGCGACUGCUUGAAAUCGAGGCCAAAUCACCCAUUUACACACACGUCAACGAGACAAUAGCUGGAAUCUCUACCAUUAAGGCAUAUUGCUGGCAGAAUCAGUUUCAGCAAGCAUGCGAUGAGCAUAUCAAUUACUCUCAACGGACAUAUUAUAUGCUUCUGUCUAUCCAACAAUGGCUGACAUUGGUCCUUGACUUGCUAGUUGCCCUCAUGGCGGUAUUCCUUGUUGUGAUCACCACAUGCUUCCAUAAUAGCUUCAGUGCCGGAGAAAUCGGCGUUGCCUUGAACAUAGUUCUAACUUUUAAUGACGCCUUGGCCCAAGCUAUCACCUCCUGGACGCAACUUGAAACCUCCAUUGGUGCAGUCACGCGAGUGCAACAAUUUCGCGACAACACUCCAACUGAGCACCGUCAUUCGAACACACCCGCAGCUCUUACGAAUAUCAACUUGAAAAUCAAGCCAAGCGAAAAGCUAGCAAUCUGUGGUCCAUCGGGCAGCGGCAAAACAUCGCUAAUUUUGGCACUUCUUCAGAUGAUAGAGGUCCGAUCAGGAAGUAUCUCAAUUGACGAUCGUGAUCUGCUAAGCUUACAACCUGAUGAUAUCCGCUCAGAAAUCAAUGUUGUCCCACAAGAUCCGCUCUUCAUCCCUGGGAGUGUGGAGUACAACUUGAAUUUCACUAAGUCCACGACAGAUGUUGUUAUCGAGUCCGCUUUGCGAAAAGUCGGACUAUGGGAUAAGAUUCUAUAUGGUGGCGGUCUACAUGCGGAUCUCGAGCCGAAUGACUGGUCAGCGGGGGAAAAGCGGCUAUUUGCACUGGCACGGGCAUUAAUAAAUGAGAGCCGAAUUGUUAUUCUGGAUGAGGUUAUCAGCUCGGUUGAUCCAGCCACUGAAAGGAUCAUGCAGAGAGUGAUAGACGAACGGUUUUCUGAUCGGACUGUGAUCGCUAUUAUGCAUCGACUGGCCCAUAUUGAUCGCUUUGAUCGAGUCGCUGUCCUUGAGAAGAGCGAAAUCAUUGAGUGCGAUACACCAGCAGCUCUACUGACCAGAGACUCAAAAUUCCGAGAGCUUUAUGCGGCUUCGCUGGAACAAUCUCUGUAA